AAUAGUGAUCAGUUCAUCGAUCAACCAAAACGUAUAUGCCCAAAAGUACAAACCUGUCCAACCUCCUCCGUCGACCUCAGAACCUCAAAUCCGUGAACCGCAAAACCUACAAUCCCCGAGAAAUGCCACUCCGAAUCCUCAUCACCGGCUCAGCAGAAGGCCUCGGCCUCCUCUCCGCCCAAGCCCUCGCCUCCCGCGGCCACGAAGUCCACCUGCACGCCCGCUCAGCAGCACGAGCGCAAGACGCAAAGAAUAACUGCCCAGAAGCAAAGUCCUGUUUCGUAGCAAACCUCUCCGAUCUUAAUGAAGUCAAGCAUCUCGCAUCAGAAAUCAAAGCCGCCGCACCAUGGGAUGCAAUUAUCCACAAUGCGGGAGCAAUGCAUGGCACUACUGGUAAAACAGCACCAAAUGCUGAUUACGGUCUGUUAUUUGCGACGAAUACUUUGGCGCCAUAUGUGAUUACGAGUCUGGUGAAAGGAAGUGCGAAGAGACAUGUUUUUAUUGGAUCGCAGAUGCAUGCGGGUGGGGAUUCGACGUUGAAGAAUUUGAAGCACUGUGGGUAUGGGGAUAGUAAGUUACAUGAUAUUAUGCUGGCGUAUGGGUUUGCGAGGAAGUUGAAGAACGAGGAGGGAGUGGAGGAGUGUAAUGUGUUGGAUCCUGGUUGGGUGCCGACGAAGAUGGGAGGAGGUAGUGCGCCAGAUUCGAUUGAGGAGAGUGUGCAGACUUACGUGGCUUUGGCGGAGGGAGUGGGUUGUACGGGAGAGUAUUUUGGUCCGGCGGCGAAGAAGGGGAGGAGAGUUAUGCCUGCGGCGAAGGAGGUGGAAGCACAGGAGAAAUUGUUUGCUCAGUUGGCGGAGAUUAGUGGUGUAGAAGCACCUGGCUCAUGAGUGUAUGUUUGCAUGUCCUGUCGAUAUAUUAUGCUGAUUCAGCUCAAGGAGAUGAGAACUUGUAUUCAUACUGCUCCUGCGCCUUCUUGAGCAGGUUUCUGAGCUCAUCCUCCUUCUCUUUAAACCCAUCUUCCUCCUUCAGACGCCUCUUAUAUGCUUCAUUCGUGAGGCUGGACUCCUCAGGAAUGGCCACGCCGCGCUUGACCGCAGGUCGAGCAUUGAUCCUCUCC